AUGUCCAUGCCGAUCCGGCAGCCUCGCGGUCCCUCCUCCAACCCCUCUGCCGACUCCUUCAACCCAUCCUCGGGCAACAAUUCGCCUCCAUCCGCAGACCAAGAAUCACAUCUUCGGCGCAGCAACACGAUCGGGUCAACGCGACACCAGCCGUCAGCUUCUAUCUCGGCGUCAGCGGCCGCGUCGGGCGCGUUCCACGGGAGCAAGUUCAGGUCGGAUACGAGAGGAGGUCGAUUCCGGUCAGGUAGUUUGAGCAAUGGGAACAAUAGCGGGAGUGUCAAGGUGGGAGCGAGUGAGAGCGGGUCGACCUUGUCUCGCAAGCCGAGCGGAAGGGAUGUCGAGGUCGUUCAUGAGGAUCAGGAAAGGGAGGGGGGUGCGGAGGGGUUGAAUAGGCAGAGCAGUCUUCCGAAUCGCCGAGGUCACCGCGUUGCCGUCUCAUCCUACCGCCCACCCAUGCCCGAGUCUAUGGGCCCACCUCCUCGUCCCCCUCGCCGAACCUCUACGGCAGGUCAAGACUCAGCCCCUGGACACAACGUAUCCCACUCCAUGUCGUCCCUCGCUAGCAUCCCGAACCCUUUGCUCAACACCCCAGCACAACCUACCAGCGUCAGCAGGACACAGAGUCUUCGGAGCCAAGCUCGGCACGUUGCAUCGGCCAGUGAGGCGGAUAUUCAGCACGGUCUAGGUCGAAGCUCAAGCUUGCGACAAGCAGGAGAGCAUCAUCGAUCUUUAUCUGCCAUCGCUUCUCCUCCUACUCCAAGCUCAGCCUUCCCGCCAGCUUCGUCCACCGCUGCGCUCCCUCCCUUCUCGCUUCCCACGCAGCAAGGGGCAGAUAUCAAGCGGCACCAGUCUCUCGGCGCGAGUCACUAUGGCAGAGGACGCGGACACCUUACCCUCUCUCCUCUCGAUCCGCGCAUGUACGAUCCCUCUGAAGAGGCGCCACCAACAUCGCCGAUCGGUCGGAGCGUGUGGGCGCCGAAUCAGCCUUCAGUAGGCGAUGACGGCUGGUCUCGGAGUAUCCAAGGCGUCCAGGAAGCAUUCACAGCCAUGAACUUCCGGGGAGGCCAGGACGGGCCCGGCUCGCACCUCGGCGGUCCGCUCACUUAUCCGCACGCCCAGGAGGAACCCAGCUGGGUCGCCAACCUCGUGGGCGGUCGAGACAACUCGCCUGCACCCCCGCUCCGCGCCCCCUCUGCGCCGGCAUCACCAUGGCAGAAUGAUGCCCUCCGACGCGCCGGUGGAGGCCAAUUCGGCAACCAGAUCUGGCCAGACGGACAGGGUUACAUCAACCUCAAUUACCUCCAGCAACAGCAGCAGCAACAACAGCAUCAGCAGCAGAUGAUGGCUGUCUAUGGCGGAAUACAGCAGGGGUACAAGAAUGGCGGAAUGUCGCCGAUGCCGCCGAACGGGUUCUACAAUCAGCCUCCGCCGCCUCCGCCAGCGCAGGAUCAGGAGGUGAUUGAGCUGGCGAGGAAGAAGGGGCUGAACCCGGCUACUUUCGACUGUCGCCCGCACAACGCCCGGUUCUUCGUUAUCAAGUCCUACACUGAGGACGAUGUCCAAAAGUCGCUCAAGCACGAAAUCUGGUCGUCCACCGUCCUUGGUAAUAAGCGACUCGAUACCGCCUUCAAGGAGAAUGCCGGACGGGGUCCAGUCUACCUGUUCUUCUCGGUCAAUUCGUCUCGCCAUUUCUGCGGGGUAGCUCAGAUGCUCACUGCUGUGGAUGAGACGCAGUCCAGCACGGUCUGGGCACAGGACAAGUGGAAGGGUAUCUUCAAGGUCAAGUGGAUCUUUGUCCGAGAUGUCCCCUCCGUCAUGCUCCGCCAUAUCCGCUUGAUCAACACCACCGAGCAAAAGCCCAUCACCAACUCACGGGACACGCAGGAAGUGCACUAUGAUGGCGGGUGCGAGGUACUCCAGAUCUUCCUGGAGCAUCAGAAUAAGAGCAAGACGAGUCUCUUGCAGGACUUUGCGUACUAUGAGAACAUGUCUCAGAAUCGCCCGACCGGCGCACCUAGCCCAGGUCCCAACGGCGGCCAGCCAGGCUUGAUGCUCCCCCCGCCACUCCCACCUAUGCCGAUGCCGAUGCCCCCCAUGCCGAUGCACCAGCACCCGCAGCAGCCGUACAUGCCUGGCAUGAACGGCGUCCCGCCCGUCCCCACCAUCCCUUCUCGGUAUCGCUAG